AUGAGCAAUGUUCUCUGCGUAGCAUGGCGCCCUCCAUGCUUGGGGCUUCGAGCCUCAAGCGUGCACAAGCCAAAGCUAGCAGCGCAAUUCCGCUCCCUCAUUCGACAAACCUCCCCAACAUGGUCACUCGACAACACGCCUCGACGGCUAUUGAGCUCAACGAGGCCGCUCUCCGCCGUGUUCCCGAUAGCUCCGACACCUACAUCGAGAACCUAUUCAUCAUCAAAUCAGACUUCAUCCCGGUCUUUCCAAACCUCCGUGGCUCGACCCGCAAAGCUUACACCCACGCCAGCAGAACAAGGUGUCAAACUGCGCGAUGAACCCUUCAGCAAAGCAGAAAUCGACCGGAUAUUCGGGCCUCGCUCAAAGGUCUCCAUUGCUCUAGGUAAUCGGAUUCUCUCCGUCCUCCAAGGCAGACGUCUUGCCGGUACACUCGAUCUUGAUUUCCCCGCGGACAUCAGACGCGCUGUGCGCCCUGCCGUCCUCGAUGCGGGCCUCGAUUACCUCCGCAAAGCCCACCCGGUGGACGAAGAUGCCGCGAUCAUGGCUCGGAUCGAGCGUGAAGAGCGCGAGGAGGAAGCAAAGCUCAUUCGACGGGCAGAAGCGCUCGGUCUAUACAAACCGCAAAGUGGAACGUAUGGGGCGGAAUUGGGCGAGGAGAAUGAUCCGUCCGGACGAAGUGUCUUGAAGGAGAUUCGCCAGAAGAAUGAGGAGAGGCUCCUGGCUGAGGCGGAGAAGAAGAGGCAGGAAUGGCUGGAAGGAGAGGAGAAGGAUCGCGAGAAGCUGAAGGAGCAUCUUGCAAAAAAUACCGCGCUUCAGAAAUUUGAAGAUACAUCUGCUUUAGAGGUCAAGGGCCGUGCGGACCCUAGCCAACGACCUCUUCUUGCAUGGAUCCAGAAGCACCAUCUUCGCGCAACAGACACCGAAACAGAUUUCGCAACGUUGACGACGAAGCCGCCUACUCCCAUCGCUUGCGUUUACUAUCCUCGGGCUGGGUCUCUGCUACGCCUUUGCCAUAUUCUAUGA